GAAAUUAGACAGCUUCAUAAACACAGACAUUCGAAGCAAAAAUGGCAACAAGACAAAUAGAUUCGGAGAUAAAGAAGUAGAAGCAAUGGAUGAUAUGAAUGAUCCUCUGUAUGAGAAACAAUGGCAUUUACAUGGAAGAGGACAAGGUUUAAAUGUAAUAGAGGCUUGGGAUAUGGGAUUUUACGGCGAAGAUGUGCUUGUCAGUGUCAUAGAUGACGGAAUAGAAUAUACACACGCCGACCUAGAUGGUAGGUAUGAGCCCAGAGCGAGCUACGAUAUUAACGAUGGAGACUAUGAUCCAUCACCUGUACACGGUGCUACCUUCCAAAGUAGCCAUGGUACUCGCUGUGCUGGGUCCAUCGUCGGAAAUGCUCACAAUGGG